AUGUUAUUUGGCUACUAUGAAGAGACAUUUGAGGAUAUCGGAUCUAAAAAGCUUGAAUAUGAAGAAUCGCUGCACAAUCAAUUACAAAACAGCAUUUUUAAGUUAUUUGGAAGAGUUUUUAAAUCAGAAUAUAAGAAAGGCUACAGAAUGGGUACUCAACUGUUGAUUGAAGUUAUGGUAAAUAUUCUCCUAGCUUUCCAAAUGAUAGCCUUGUCUUGGUACCCAGAUAUGAAUAUUUCUGGGUGAAAACGUUAUAAAAGCUUUUGGCAGUUUAUAAGUUUUUUCAAUAUAACGAAGGCUUUUAGUAUUAUUGGAAUUAUGAAAAUUUACUUCUAUUCCUUUGCCUCCAUUUUACUAUUUUGUGCUGGAGCAUUAAUUGUGAUGCUUGGCUUGGAAAUCACAAAGUUUAAAAUGCCAAAGUUAUUAUUUAGAUUAUUGAGAAAACUACUAUUAGUUUGGGCGACUGUAUUAUAUGUUCCUUCUUUACUCCCCCCCCCCCUCCGUGAGCGAACAAAACCAUUAGAAAAAUCGCCAUUUUUUGACCAAAAACCCACCCUCCGUGAGUGAACAAAAAUUUUUUUAAUAGAAAAAAUUUUAAUGGAAAAAAAUUUUGAUAUAUAAGUGAUAAUUAGUAUAAUGAAAUCUAGAGCUAAUUCUGUUUAAUUUUAAACAAAUUGCGUUUUAAAACAUAAAUUUUGCAAAUUAAAUUAAUAUUUGCUUCCCAAUUUUUGCAAAUUAGGAUUUUUUUUUAAAUUUCGAAAAAAAUAUUUUUUAUAAAAUUUAUAUAUAAAUUUUUUUUUAAAAAAAAAAAUUAACCCCCCUCCGUGAGCGAACAAAAUUUUUUUGUUCGCUCACGGAGGGGGGGGGGGAGUUAGUAGAAUUUUCUAUGGUUUUUAAAUAUUCAUUUUUUAACUAUGAUAAAACUUACGAGAUGCCUGGAGAUACAAAUCCUCAAUUAUUUGAUUAUGGAAAUUUUGGUGCAAUUACUAGUCUAUUUUUAAUUAUUUUCUUAGUUCUCAUAGCUUAUUUUUGAGAAUUAUUCACUACAGAUACCCGGCAUAGUCAUUGAGGAAAAAUUUUGACUGUAAGAGCGCAUUCUUCAGUAGAUUUAAAGUUUUUAGUUUUCAAAACUUUAGUAAGCAUAAACUACGUUUCGUUUGGAGAUGAAAAUGCUAUUAAAUUUCGAUUUCUUUUCAUGAUAUAGAAAUUCCCUUAAAUGGCGUAGUUUGCCCUUGAUUUGCCCACUGAAAAAAUUUUUUGGUUUCGACCAGUACCAUAUGGUUUGGUCAAAACCAAAAAAAAUUUUCAGUGGGCAAAUCAAGGGCAAACAGUGCCAUCUAUGGGAAAAUUCUAUAGCUUCAUUUUGGAUAUUCAUAGAGUUUCUAAGAAAAGUGCCUUAUUAUAACAAAUUUGAAAACGCUAUAAAAUCCUGCGGAGCUUUAACUGUGUCUUUAUCAUUCUUUGCAGUUUUGUUUGGAGACGCUAUGGACAACGCAGGGGUUAUAUUUUUGCUGGUUUUUUUUAUGCAACCUAUAAGUAUUUUUAUUACUUGCUGAUAUACUAUGCGAUUAUUGUAAAUUUCAGGCAAUCUUCGGCAUACCGAUUGUUUUUUGUUGCAGUUCGUCUUUCGUUUUCCAUUUUAUUUUAUUAUUAAAAAAAUAGCAAAUGAAGGAAUAUAGGCAUUUUGUGCAAAACAUAAUAUUAUAAAGACUAAAAAUAAUAAAGAUAGCGAUUUUUCUCCUGUUAACACAACGAAUCAGUAUAAAUUUGAAAGAUCGAUAAGACAUCUACUUUGCAAUAAAAACUUGGAAGACAAAACAAAAGUCAUUAAUUAUUUUUCAGAUUGUUACACAAACAAAACACUAGUCAAAGAUAAAUUGCUUGUUAUUUGGGAGGUCAAUUUUUGUUCAUUUUCUAUGAAAAACCAAAAAUUAGCAAGAAUAAAAUUAACAAAAAAAAAAUCGAUAAUUUCUACAUUGGAAGGAAAAAUUCAAGAAUUGAGGACUUUGAAGAUUAUUGACAAAAGAGAUAGUUCAUCAAUUAAAUUAGAUUAGAUUAUUAGAUAGGUAUUUAGAGUCCUCCUUCUCGCUUUUGGCAUUCUGUGCGACGCUAGUAGACUGGCGGCACAGCCUAAUUGGGUGGCUUCCACAUAUGGCAACCCCAAGCCCAGCGCCACCAUUUUCAAUUUAUUCAUAGUUAUUCCGCCCUUCCUAGCCUUGCUCGGUUAGGCUCCUUUUUGGAGCCCUUCAACAGAAGAAACUCUUGUUGUCUAGCCUGUUUCAUUUUUUUUCUGAGGUCAUGCCUGAAGAAAAAUUUAGCUGCUUCCGCGAUUAGACCACUGUAGCAGUAUGAGCAGGUAACUCACCCUACUCCAUUUCGGGUGUUCUCUGGCUCGUGUGCUGCUCUCUCAAAAGAAGUCGCGAGUAGCUGCCCAUUGGAUCAAGCCAUAAACCAGCGAAUUUCUGCUUACGUUCCUCUCUGCACGGCAUUAUAUUUUGCUGGGACAACUCCUGAAUCCAAAAACUAUGCCCAAUAUGCAUGGCUAACUAUCACAAGAGAGGACAGGUCGGACGUCAUUGCCAUUUUAUAUAUAAUUUAUCAAUUGAUUCUCUUUAUGUAGAGUAUUUAGAAGAUAUAAAUAAAGCAAAGGCUCAAGAUUUCGAAAUUUGUUGCAUAUUGUUAGAUUUAUGGUCGGAAUUGACGGCGAAGAUUCCACAAUAUAAUAAAAUUCAUCAUUUUGCUAUCAAAAGCUGCGGAUAUUUAUUAAAUCUUAAAGAGUUUUAUGCUCAGCUAAUAUCUAAGCACAAACAUAUGAAGCUUUAUGAUCUUUAUGCUACUUUCUUACAAGAUAUUUUGGGAGAAUGCGACCAAGCUAGUAAUAUAAAUAGAUUAAAAGGAGCCGUAAGUCGCCAAAUGAGCGCCUCAACACUUUAUGAAGCAAAUAUAUUUUCUGAUGAAGAUGAAGGUAUCAUACUUAUAUCAGCUAACGAAAAUGCAUUAAAUUGCAUUAAUUUAAUUACUCAGAGUUUUGAAUGGUACUCUCUUCUCCAGGGAGUAAUAUAAAAACUUCCCUUUUAACUCCAUAUUGAUGACAUCAGUAGCCAUCUUGUCCAGCAAUCAUUCCAGAGACCCCACCAAAAGGGCUAGAAAGCCUCCAAUGGUUGCUUUAACUUCGCUCUAGACUUGAGUAAUUCACGUGUUCUUCCUAAGAGUCACCAUCAUUGGGUGUGCUAAGCUAAAAUUCCUACAUGUCCUAAAAUUCUGGGUAAAGUGACUUCUUAUGAUAAACUAUAUUUGGAAUUUGUGUAUAAAGGUGUGCCAGAUAAGCAUAACCCCAUAAUAAUAAAUGAGAGGAGGAGGAAAGGUUUACGUAGUAAAUCAUUUUCGUACACAAUCAUUUUAUUAUUAUGCCAACGAAAAUGCUUUUGGUAUCAUCGCAUAUAUAAAUGAUAAAGCAUCUCAGCUGCUAAAAGGGACAAUUUCGGAUUUGAUAGGAACUGAUUUGCAUGAUUAUAUUCCAAGUAUUUAUGCUCUCGAUCACAAAGAUUAUAUGAAAAAUUUUUAUAUAGAAUAUAUAGAAGAGGAAAUAUCACAUCAAGGGCUAUUUUUUAUCCAAAAUAUUUUAGGGAAUUUAGUCGAGUGCAAAUUUCGGAUAAAAUUGUUAGCAUUUCAUAAUAAUGCUUAUUUUUUAGUAACUUUGAGUUCAAUAAAUGUGAAUCGGCAGCUUGCAUUGAUAUCCGAGGAAGGAGUUAUACUUAAUUGCACAGAGCUUUUCCCUCAUUAUGUUGGAGCAACUGCAAGCAGUAUUAGAAAUUCUUGCAUAACAGAUUUUAUUCCUCAUUUAAACAUAUCAGAAAUGAAACCCUAUGAGCCAUUAAUUAUUCAGCAGCAUGAAAAGCAGAUUGCAAUAAUUCAUGCAAUAAAAGUGCUUAGAACAACAGACGUUCACAUGCUUCUAAUUGUUCAUAAUGAAAAAGAAAUAAGUUUAUGAAAAAACGGACAAGAUAUAAGCCAAAUUGAAUAUUUUAAAAAAAAUAUAUUGGUAUGCAACGAGGAAGCCAAAGCUAGACAAUAUAUAUCAAGUAACUAUCUAGACGUGGGGUUAAAAAGCAUGGAUAUUACUCCUGUAAUGUCUCCUAAUCAUGGAAAACAAGAAGAAACAUAUAGACUUUUUGGUGAAGAUGUAAAAAAAAGAUUAAAUCAUUUCGAGUAUACUGAGGAAAAAACAUCAAACAUUCAGGGAAGCAGUGUAUCAAAUUCAGCAACAAGUAAGCUUUAUAUAGCAAUUGUUAAUAAGAAUAUUGAAAUUCUAUCUAGGAAACUAAAAGUUUUUGAAAAAAUUCUUCUUUUAUGCGUAAUCUUUAUAUAGAUAUUGGCUGUUAUAUCUAUAAAUAUAGCAGUUCUUGUGUAUAUUUAUCAAGUAACAGCUCACUCAAACUCUCUUAACGUUUUUACUCAUUUCGGAAACAUAAUGUUCCAUCUAGUAAACUCAGCCGACUUAGCGAGAUCAAUAGACUCUGAAAAAAGAUCCUAUGUUUAUAACCUCACGAGAGAUUUAGGGUAUUUUAAAGAAACUAUAAAUGAGCUAAAGAAUCUAAGAGAAUUCAUCUUAUCUGACUAUAAUGAUUGAAGCUAUUGCUCUAGCUCUUCAAUAGUAACAGAUAAUGUGAUUCCUGUCUGGAUGUUUGAUCCUUCUCCUCAUAUAGAAAAUUUUAAUUUUUAUGACGAGGUUGGCAUAUUUAUAAAGCAUGGGGACAGUUUAAUUGAUACAGUUGUUAACAAUGAGCCGUGGUCAAACACAAAUCCUGAUGUUAAAUUUUUUGGUUUGAAUAGCUUUGGGUAUACAUUUGAAUUUACUCAUAGAGCAAUGGCAGGGCUAGUAGAUUGUGAAGUUAAUAGGGUAGGAGAAACUGAUAGAAAGAUUGCAGCUUUAGUAUUUGUAGGAAUUGGUUUAUUAACUAUAUUUAUUGGGAUCUUAGUUUGGUAUUCAAUUUUAAUGACCAAAAGUAAUGAUUAUUUUUGGAAUAUAGUUAAAAGGUCAUCACAGAUGUCUUACUCAUUUUUAAGAGAGGCUUGUCUAGAGAGACUUUCUAGAGUGCAUGGAAUUGAUUAUUCAAAAAAUAGCGGUGCUGAGCAUUACAAAAAUAAAACAUUUUACAGAGCAAUAAGGUCAAGGCUAUACGUAAAAUACAUUUGAAGACUCUCCAUAUUUUUAGCUAUAGCUUUAUGCUAUUACUUUAUUUUAAAGUUUUACCUUUACAAUCAUUGUGAAAAUCAUUUGUGAAACCGUCCAAAACUUCUAUUCAAUUUAAUAACAAAACGAACGCUUUUAUCGCGUAUGAGUGUUUUUGCAAGAGAUAUUAACACGUCAAGCAAUUUGCGAUUAUUUCCAAAAUCUUAUGCAGUCGAGUCAUCUAAAAAUGAAUUUAACUCAAGCAAUGAAGAGUUUAGAGCCAUAAAUUCUGAUUUAAGGAAAAAAGAUUUCUUAAAUUUAAUGUCAGAUGAUAUGAAAAAAAGGUUUUUUGAAGAGAGGAAUACUAAUGAUCAUUACUUCAAACAAGGCCUAUACGCAGCUUCUAACAUUUUAUAUAUCGAUGCUAAAUUUAUCUCGGUCACUGUUUCUGGUAAUGCCUCUGUCCCUGUGUACUCAAGCUAUAUCGGAAAUGAAACAGCCCUUCAAAAUGCUAUGGGGGAAGAUUAUGAAAUUAUAGACAAGGACUCAAAAGAGAUUAUAGAUCAGGAGCUAAAUCUGCUCAUUUAUGUGACUGUGAUAUUUUCCUCAGCUCUAGUCUUACUAUAUAUGCUAUUUUAUCUUCCUUUUAUUUAUUAUGAAAAACGUUCACUGGUAAAGUUGAAAUUAUUAAUGUCGAUUAUCAAAAAUUGUGGGGAAUUGAAUUCUGAAAAGCUGUAA